AGGGGGCGGAGCUGGAGGGGGUGGUUCGGCGUGGGGGCCGUUGGCUCCAGACAAAUAAACAUGGAGUCCAUCUUCCACGAGAAACAAGAAGGCUCACUUUGUGCUCAACAUUGCCUGAAUAAUUUAUUGCAAGGAGAAUAUUUUAGCCCUGUGGAAUUAUCCUCAGUUGCACAUCAGCUGGAUGAGGAGGAGAGGAUGAGAAUGGCAGAAGGAGGAGUUACUAGUGAAGAUUAUUGCACGUUUUUACAGCAGCCUUCUGGAAAUGUGGAUGACAGUGGUUUUUUCUCUAUUCAGGUUAUAAGCAAUGCCUUGAAAGUUUGGGGUUUAGAACUAAUCCUGUUCAACAGUCCAGAGUAUCAGAGGCUCAGGAUCAAUCCUAUAAAUGAAAGAUCAUUUAUAUGCAAUUAUAAGGAACACUGGUUUACAGUUAGAAAAUUAGGAAAACAAAGCCUACUUUGA